CAUUUCCCUCCCCACCUUUCCAGUCAGGGCCCGGCUUGACCACACUGGCAUCCUCGGGCACACCCCAGACCACCAUUACAUCAUCGCAUCUCUUGCACACGGCCCCAGCCACCCAGACCUCGAUCGUGUGUUUUCCAGCACAGCGAGGGAAAAAGGGUAGUAUACACUCCCUUUCAGUGGGUUCUUUCGGGGCUAGAAUGACCGAACGCUGCUUUUGACUUCCGUAUAGGAUUUUCAGUACCGGUCUUGUGUUGAUGGGCAAAAUGAAUUUGACUGUGAUUAGGUUCUCUGUGUUCAUUAAGCAGAACUCCGGCGGCUCAACGCGAAUGUCACGUUCCUGUAUCUCUCGCAGCCUACCGAGUUUCAGUUGUUUCUUUUCGAAAACCAGUGGGCGUCUGAGUGGCGAGAUGUCACAGCUGCUCAUGGUGCUCUUGAGUUGGUUGAUGGCCAGGCCACUCAUUUCAAUGAUCUCGUCGUCAUUCGUACAGGUGGCUGCCCUCUUUGCAAACUGUAUUCCAGUCUUUAGUUUCUCCAUUGCGUUUUCUGUGUCUGUCUUCUGAGCCAUCAGCCCUUUCGUCAUCUCAGAGCACCUUUGCUGAGCCUCGUUAACCAUCUGACGGCAGUACAGCUCAAUUUGCUUCAUGUAGCUCUCAAACGUGCUGGUGAUGCUCAGCUCCAGACUCCCGGGAUAGUUAGCCAAACCACCCUCCAUAUGCUUCAGUUCUGUCAUUCGUGACUCGAGGACACAAAACUGCUUUUCUGCAUGGUCACUCAUUUUCUUCACUUCUGUCUGCCUUGUACGACUGACCUCCAGGAGCGACUUUGCAUUCUCAAUGUGCCCUGCAUGUCUAUCUUUGAGGCACAGAGAGCAUAAGAAAGUGUUGCACCGCUCACAGUAGAGCUGGAUACCUAGCUCGUGGACGUUGCAUGUGCGUUGGCGCUUGUGGAGAUUGAAGUUACCCUCGGAGAGGUCUUUCCAGGCCGUGUACUUGUGCUCACGAAACAACUUCACCCUCUGGUGAAGUUGGAUGCAAUCACCGCAUAUCCCUCCGCCGCAUUCCCUGCAGUAGGCGUCAGUCGCGCCUUCUUCCUCGCAGCUUUUGCACGGUCCCGCCUUCUCGUCCUCCGCCUCGCAGAACGAGCGAAACACCGCCGAUCUCUGUACGGCGUGGUCUAGCGGGAAAUCCUCCGCGCUCAACGGAGGGUCGCAUUCGGCCCUGCAGUUAGGGCACACGAGUUUCUCGCCGCUCUCGUUCAGGAGCCCCUGGAGGCACUUGGUGCAAAAUACGUGGAGACAGGGGAGGGUUCGUGGUUCCAUGUGUGGUUCCUGACACACCGUGCAUUUCUCCUCCUCGUCCUGGGCGCCGCGGGCUCUUGGAGAUCCCGGAAAGGCUCGUGGAGACUGAAAAGGCGACGCCAUUUUACCCUGAUCCGCCCCGCCCUUUGGGAAUACGUCGCUGCCUAGCCCCUCCUAUCAUGUUCCGUCCGCAUUCAUGCGGACGUACGUGCGCACAAAACUAAAUUUUUGAGGCCUUCCAUCCCACUCUGCUACCAAAUUUUUGCAGUUUUGACCUGCAGACUCCUUUUGCCAUGCUGUUAUAGAGUUGUUAUAGCCAAUGCUACACACACUGACUGCAGGUGAUAGCUGCAGUGUAUGGCUAUUGGACCUGGGUCUAAGCUGGCAUCAGCUGAGUCCCUCAUUCUCUGACUACCUCCGACUGGCCACUGUACAUUUGGGCCUCAGACAGUGGCCAUAUGCUCUCACUUCUAACAGACUCAGCCCUCAAUAUGAGUACUGGUUCAAUGUAUUUGCUCCUCAUCGACUGGAGGUGGACCAGACUCACUAUCUCAGUCACAGUCAACAGCCACAGCAGAGGCAGGAGGAGAUUAUGACUGGCAGUGGAUGUGGGGCAGUGGAGACGACUGGUAUCAAUGUGGUGGAUGUUGGUAAACUAUUGGCAGCAAAACCAUCCAGAGAGAAAAGUGGCAGUGGGAGGUUGAAGUCUGCUAGUAGCUCGAGACAGUCGUCACAGAGAUCAGCUACCUCACGUCGAUCUGCAGCUACCAAAGACUAACUAAUCACAACUUUUGUCUCAGCUACCUCAAGUUGAUCUGCAUUCAUCAAUAAGACUAACUAUUCUUCCCUUUCUCUUUGUUUCUCCCUGUCUCAACUCUUAGGCUAGGUUUACAUACAAUACACCGCAUGGUCCUGUCACACCACCACAGUGUUCAAGUCAAGAGCAUAUCUAUCCUCGUGGCACAGUGUGACUGGCCAAUGCAAUGUUUUGUGAACCUUGCCGUGCAAAGGUAUAGACAAUACCAAAGUACAGUAAAUCAAGUCCUGUUGUGUAUGCAUUGCGUAUCUUAAUAUCUUGUAUCAUCGGAUUUCUAUUGUUUUUUUCUUCCAAAAUUCAAUGUGUCUGUUUGGAGCCAUCAUUGUUACGCACACACGUAAAUGGUACGUGUGUCUUUCCUGCAAAAUCCAAAAUCGCAUAGCUUGUGUCUGUUGCUAAAGAUGUGUAUACAUGGGCUUUCAUGUCAAGUAUCGGUCACUUGUAUAAUUAUACAGAGGUCAUUAUGGUGUGAUAAUUGCAGGGGCUCGUGACAGUCGUAGUCAUGUCAGUGGUUCCUCCACCAGUGGUUUGUUGGGAUUGUUCUGCAACAGCCACUCGGCCAGCCACGUC